AUGACCGCCGCGUCUCUGCCGCCCCCGCAAUGGGUCGUCGACCUUACCUCCCCGCCCGCAUCCAAGCCAAAGAGUGCCACCCUCGCAGACCCGCCCGGCUACACAGCAUCCAUGUCCCGCAAGGAGCGCGCCCAGUCGUUCAAGACAGCCCGCAAGCCGCCCACGUCAGAAGAGAUGGACACGCUGAAGAUGAAAAAGGCCUGGGAGGUGGCCAUUGCCCCGGCCAAGCAGCUGCCUAUGAGUGCUUUUGGAAUGUACAUGACCGGCAACACGCUUCAGAUCUUCUCCAUCUUCAUGGUCUUCACCCUCUUCAAGACGCCCGUCAUGGCUGUGCUGGGCCUGCAACGCACCUUUGCCCCCUUCGAGACACCCGGCACAUCGGGCCGUCUUCUUGGGGUGAAGGCCGUGUACAUACUGACUAACCUGUUGAUGCUGUGUCUGGGUAUCUGGAAGGUCAACGGUAUGGGGCUGCUACCCACGACGAGGUCAGAUUGGCUGGCGUGGGAGAGCGAGAGGACAUGGUCAGAAAGAGCUGUGCCGCAAGAGUGGUUGUGA